GAUCCCCCUUGACUAUGGUCUGAGACACUAAGGAGGCCCAUCCUGUAGUUAAAGGAGCAUUUGCCUAUGUAUCUGUGAGCUCAGGACUCAUGUCUACCUGGGUCAGGCUUCUAGAAAAGUAGCAGUAGGAAUAAGCCUGAAUGAGUAGGAAGAGACUGAAUCCCAAGACUUGCUCAAUUCAGAUGCCAAGCCAUGUUCUAAGGGGGGCUGGAAGGAGGAUUGUCAAUGUGAAGGCCUUUUAUUGAAAGAGAAGUAAUCACACCAAAAAAGUCACUACCCUUUGACUAAUUCCCAUGUCUCACCAUUUUGCUUUUAAGCUGUUGUCUGAUGUCUUUUCAUCCUUAAAAUUUUUGAAAAGAUGCCCCCACUUUUGAGAAUGAACUACUGUUGCCCCUACAUAAAUAUACCAAGUAGGCUUUCAUCUGUUAUAACAGCUCUGUGCCUGUUCAACGCAAAGAACCACCUUAGAAAGCCUCAGUAAGUCCUGCUUAGGUAUGGAGGGCGAGGCCUUAGGCCAGCGGAACCUUAAAAGACGGACUGAGGCGGAAGGGAGGCUGGACAGAAGGCAGACUUCCCAAACUACGCCAGGUGCAAGACUUCCGCCCCGCAGAGACCUUGCCUCCACCCCCACCCUCCCCGUCAGCCCAGCUUUGGCUCCGCGCAGUCUCCUGGAAUGAUUUGCCGUCUCUAUGGCAACCCGGUAGCUGGCGUCUGAAGAUGGAGACCACUGAGUCUACCGAGGGAUCACAGUCGCGAUCUUUAGAGGUACAGCCCAGCUCCGAAGGACUAGGGUCUAUUUCGGAUCCCUUUCCUUCUUGGGAUGGCUGUCAUAGGUCAGCCCUGGAAGCUGCAACCGCAGAAGCUUCAGCAGCUGCUGCAGCCACUGCAGCCGCCUCCACUACCAAAGCAGCUGCAUUAUCUACAAAGACCCCAGCGCCCUACUCUGAACGGAGCCUUCUCAUGGAGCCCUCCUCUGAAAGUCUUCUUGGGGAGCGCUACACUGGACCCAGAUUUACCCACAAGAUAGGCCAUGGGAGACUUGGCUUUGAGCCUGUCUCUGUUUCCCAUAUUGCUUGGAAUCCCUAUACUGCAAAUGACCUUAGUUCUAGCCGUGGUCCUGUUCCUGGCUCCAGCUCUGGCGCUGUUCCUGGCUCCAGCUCUGGCCCUGUCCCUGGCUCCAGCUCUAGCCCUGGUCUUGGCUUCAGCUGUGACCCUGUUCCUGGCUCCAGUUCUGGUCCUGGCAGUGGCUCUGGUCAAGGUCCUGGCGACGGCUCUGGUCAAGGCACUGGUCCUGGUCCUGCUGCUGAUUCUAGGCAUAGGCCAGGCUCUGGCCAGGGCCCUGGUUUCAGCUCCUCUGCUCCUCCAGGCUUCAGAAAACCCAGGGCAGAUCUGCUCCCUAAUUAUGCCUCCUGGAGUCACCACAGCCACUGGGAGCCUCAGAAACAACCCUGGAAAUUUUUGCAGGUCUCCGAACCUGGUGCCCAAGGGCUGUGGAAGCCCCCUGAGGUUGAAGGGACAAGUAAGGUUCUCAAUGAAACACUGCCACGGGGCCAGUGCCUUCUCUACAACUGGGAGGAGGAGAGAGCCACCAACCACCUGGAUCAAGUCCCAAGCAUGCAGGAUGGCUCUGAGAGUUCCUUUUUCCGACACGGACACCGGGGACUGCUGACCCUGGAGCCACAGUCACCCAUGUGCUCCAACACCACCCAGAAAGACUCAUACCAGCCCCCAGGAAACCACUCUCAGCCAAUUCGAGGGAAGCGUGAAGCCAUGCUGGAGAUGUUCUUGCACCACCAGAUCUGUAAAGAGGUGCAGGCAGAGCAGGAACCCACAAGGAAGGACUCUGAGGUCGAGUCUGUGACACACCAUGACUAUGGAAAGGAGCUGGUGCAAUCAGGGCCUCCUGCCCCAACAAAGCCUCACGACUACCGUAAGGAACAGCCUGAAACCUUCUGGCUCCAGAGGGCACCACAGCUACAGGGUGUCAGUAACAUCAGGACUCUGGACACGCCAUUCCGGAAGAACUGCAGCUUCUCAACACCAGUGCCUUUGUCUCUAGGGCAGCCCUUGCCCUAUGAACCCGAGAAUUAUUCCCACCAAUUGGGAAAAAUAUCUUCCUUUGGCCGUCAGGGAGGAGGGCAGGUGGAGGGAGGAGUAGAACUACUCCUGUCUGAGGGUCGAGGAGGGAAGUAGAUGUGGAAUAUGGAAUCUCCUUCUGUCUGUACUGAAGAGAUGGGGAGGAAGUGAAUUCGGUCUGUGCUUGGUGAAGGGGCUCUUUACAUAAAAAGGGUUCUCUCUCAU